CCGAGGCCGUCCCAGCGCCGCCCGCGCCCGCGCCCGCCCGUCGCCGCGAUGUCGGUGGCGGGGCUGAAGAAGCAGUUCCACAAGGCCAGCCAGCUGCUUAGUGAGAAAAUAAGUGGCGUUGAAGGAACGAAACUGGACGAGGAAUUUCUGGACAUGGAAAGGACGUCACCAAUAAAGCUGUUGCAGAAAUUCUUUCAAAAACCACAGAAUAUCUUCAGCCAAAUCCAGGGUCACAGACGACCAUGUCUUCAAGCAUACAGAGCGAAGCUGGGGAUGCUGAACACCGUGUCGAAGAUCCGGGGGCAGGUGAAAACCACGGGGUACCCCCAGACGGAGGGCCUGCUGGGCGACUGUCUGCUGAAGUACGGGAAGGAGCUCGGGGAGGACUCCAGCUUUGGCAACGCCCUGCUGGAGGUCGGCGAGUCCAUGAAGCUGAUGGCUGAAGUCAAGGACUCUCUGGACAUCACCGUGAAGCAGACAUUUAUCGACCCCCUUCAGUUACUGCAAGACAAAGACCUAAAAGAGAUUGGGCAUCACCUGAGGAAGCUGGAAGGCCGCCGCCUGGACUACGACUAUAAGAAGAAGCGCGUAGGGAAGAUACCAGAGGACGAAGUCAGACAAGCGGUGGACAAGUUCGAAGAGUCCAAGGAGUUGGCGGAAAGGAGCAUGUUUAACUUUUUAGAGAACGACGUGGAGCAGGUCAGCCAGCUGGCCGUGCUCGUGGAGGCGGCGCUGGAGUACCACAGGCAGUCGGCGGGCAUCCUGCAGGAGCUGCAGGGCAGGCUGCAGGCGCGGAUCUCGGCUGCGUCCAGCGCCCCCAGACGCGAGUACAAGCCCAGGCCUGUGAAAAGAAGUCCGAGCGAGCUCAAUGGGCUGUCAGCUGCCUCCUCCGCCAAGACCACAGGCCCCGAGGCGCCCGGGAGCCGGCCUUGCUGCCGCGGCCUCUACGACUUCGAGCCCGAGAACCAAGGCGAGCUGGGCUUCAAAGAAGGGGACGUCAUCGCCUUGACCGGCCAGCUCGACGAGAACUGGUACGAAGGGGAGGUCCGCGGGGAGUCCGGAUUCUUCCCCAUUAACUAUGUGGAGGUGGUGGUGCCUUUGCCGCGGUGAGCGGGCGCCCGAGGCCGCUGCGGGCGGUCGCGCCGGGCUUUCGCCUGUGUCUUUAUAACGUAUUUUCUAUCGAUUUACUUUGUAUAAAUGAUUCCCUCGUCCUCGCUCCACGCACACACGGUUUCCCUCUUUGCUUCUCGUGCUGCAAGCCCCGGUAAAUAAACACGAGCCCGCUG